UUAAAAAUGAGUGAGGAAGAUCUAAUCACUGCCGAAGAGCAUCAGAUGUCUGACAUUUCCUUCUGGAAGGAUCUUGUCAGAGACCUGAGGAAGAACUUCAACGAGUUCAAAAUUACAAGCAGGGAUGUGGAAUCCCAGCUUGAACAAAUGAUGAUGGAGGCUACCGAAGAAUCAGAGAAAGCCACCUCAGAUUUGAAUGACCAGAAGGACGAAUAUGAUAAGCUCAAGAGAGCUCAUGAGAAAAUCCUUUAUGAGUAUAAGAAGCUUAAGGAUAAGUACAAGGCUGAAGUUAUGGAUGUUGAGCAAGAAGCUAAUAAAAAUAAAGACGACUAUGAGAAACUCAAGCAAAAAUAUAAGAAAAUGAAUGAUCGAUUAGUAACGAUUGAGAUGGAGUACGAGGAGCUGGAGAGAAGAAACCAAGCUUACGAGGGUGCUAUUGAAAAUUGAGAGGAGAAAAUCGAUAGUUUACUGGAAGAAAUCGCACUUACCCAGUCUGAAAGAGAUGACACCAAAGCAUGAUUAUCUGAACAGGUGGAUAAGCUGAACCAACAGCUGGAAGAGAUGGAAAUAGAUUUGGAAUAUAAAGAGAAACAAAUUAAGAAGUACAAAUUCUUGCAGAUUCUUCAUGAUUACCCAACCUCUGCUAGUGAGAUUCUGGAUAAAGCUUGCCAAGAGAAUAGAGCCCCUACGAGGAAUUCUUUAUUACCUAGUAGUACUAGAAACAAUUCUGGAGGAGAGUUUUCUCUAUUUGUGAAGAGCAAGGCACCAAGGAAGAGUGAUGCUUUCUUUAUGUCUAGCAAAAACUCAUUUUAUCCAUCUGCAAAUGAAGACAAAAACUUCCAGAGUGAGACCUCUUCAGACGAAGGAAGACAUAAGAAAGGCGAGAUUGAUCUCUUUGGGAAUGAGAUUGCAAAUGAUAUGAAAAAGAGCCUAAAAAUCAGAAAAAGGAAAAACUCUAUUGAUAUCUGAACCAAUCCUCCUAAGAAAACUUCUGAUCUUUAUCAUGAAGAUCAUUCUGAUAAUGAUAAGUUGAAUAAAUCAAUCACCCACAUUCAUCAGGAAGGCCAAUCUAUGAAGGAAAACCAGAGGAUGUCCGAGAUGAUGGAGAAGUUCGACAAGCUUAAUGAGCCUGCUGAAACUCCAGAGAAGGAUGAAGUAGUUAACCGUGAGACUGUUAUGAACUGAGCUAAACCAGAUACUCCAGAGCUCCCUUCUAGAGAUCAGGCUGAUGCAGGGGAGGAUCUUCCUCUUCAAAAAGUUCCUUCGCUGAUCCUUGAUCCAAAGCCUAUAACCUCCUUCCUGACUGGUGACUCUACGGUGAAAAAUGCUAGAGAAGAUAAUGAGCAACCGACAGUAAGAAAAAUUGAUGAUAGAUUUGAAAGAAUCGAAAAGAGUCCAGAUGUUGUAAAUAGAUUCAUGUCCUUCGGAGGAAACAAGAACAAACCUCCUAUUGGAACUCCUAAGCUCAACAAAAAUCUUACCGAUAUAGAGGCUCUCCUCGAAUACGAGGGAGACGACAUGGACGCUCUUGCCAUGGACAAUUCAAAGGAUGUUCUCAGAGUUCUCGAGAACAUCGAUGAGAUGAUUGACAGUAGAAUAAAUUUACUUUAUGAUACUGAUUACAACAUCGAAGGGUAUGGAGACAACUUAGUCAGCCUUGCCUGUGUUUAAAUUCUAGUAUAAGUCAUCCAACUUUAACAGUGAAGGUUAUUAAUCUUUUAAAU